UGAAGGCUUAGGCGGCCCGGAGCGUCGUUCAGUCCGAAGGAAGCAGCCGGCGAACGCGUAUCGCCCCCAACCAGUCCACAGCAAUAGAAAGAGCAGCGCGAGAACUCUAUCGCCCCAAGGUGUGUGGAGGAGUAUCGAUCAGAGGUUGCACAACACCAAGAGGAAGUCAGGAAACCGAUUCGGAUUCCACCAGGAGCAUUACACACAGCAAAACAAACUCAGCCUCAAGCCCAACAAGAUGGCAAGCAUUGGCAAUGGGUUUGCCAAGUGCUUCAUACUCUUCAUGGCAAUCGUUAUAUUGGUUCAGGGAGUCGUCUAUCUGGGCCUGUCCAUUUGGGGCAUUACUUUCCGAGAGUGCCAUGAGGUGGAGGAUUUUAGCUCGAAUCCCUUCAAGUUUGCAAUGGAAUUGAUAUACUUUUCCGAGCAGGAGUGUGGCGACCCAGAUAUAAUGAUGAACGGCCAGCAUACUACGCUGGAUAUGGACUGGGAAAAGUCGUACGAUGUGACGCAUAGGGAGUACAUCUUCAUGAUCACCUAUGCGGUUGUCAGUGGCCUUUGGAUAGCCACCUCCUUACUGAUCAUCUUCACGCUGUGCAGUCGCACUACCAAGCUCAUCGCUGGAGCCGCCUACUGGCCCUGGUUCCUGGCCGUGAUGGCUGGCAGCAUCCUGGACGUGGUGGCCAGCGUGUAUCACGGCAUUGACCUCAGCCACACGAUGUCGCUGAACGGUGCAUUCGAUUAUAUUGGAGCACAAGUCGAUCAGAGCACGGAAUCGGCCGUGGUCGAGGUUAUCUAUUCGCUGCUGGAGCCGUUCGGUGUCUACUUCUCGACGCCUUCCAUUCUGCUGCUCUGCCUCAGCUGCCGCCUGGUGCUCAUCUGGCUGCUGAACAUCAUCGGUGCCAGCUUCUGUCUGUCCAUUUCUGGAAUAAUGGCGCGGAAUAAUUCCAAGGCGGCUGCUGUGACCAGGAGCCAGGCUCCAACGCGCCAGCCCACACCUCUGCCCGUGGCCGCAGCCGUGGUGGAGGCAACCGUAGUCGAGACUUUGCAGCCCGAGACUCCCCAGCAGUAUCAAGUGGAGACCCAGUACCCGGAACAGAUCCGCCCCAAGCCGCUGCCGAUCUUUAUUCCCUCGGAGCAAAUGCAGCGCCAGGACUCGCAGCAGUACAGGGCCGGAGAUCGUACCACUUUGCAGUCGCCAGUGAUGGUCCUGCCACCGCAACAGCAACAGCAGCAGCAGCAGGAGCCCACAGCUCCACGGGAGGUGGUGUCCCCUCUGCCGGAUAUCAACACCUAUCGCACCACCGAAGCUCAUCCUGAUCGCCUCAACUAUCCACCUGUGGAGUCGCCACUGCCGCGGGCCCCCUCGCCAGCAGUCCAACAGCUGGCGGUUAAUUCGGCCCUCAACAACCGCUACAGCGAGAUGUAUCCAUCGCCGCCGGCCAAUCCGCGAGUGAGCGAGGAGCUGCGUAAUCAGAUGCCCUGGUCGUACACGAGCAUGGUGACAAAGCCACCGCCGCCACCACGCAAGCCCCAGCUGCAGGUCCAGAUCUAUCCGCAAAUACCCGAGCCCGACUAUGCGGAGCACUAGUCCAUUUUGCAGGCAGCUGGAGCAGGAGCAGUAGCGGGGGAGCAGCUCAAAGCUGAUUGCGGGUUAAUCAGCCUGGAUGCGAGAUGGUGUUGUAGACAUGUUUUGUGUUAUUGUUACCUUUAUUACAUAAAGCUAAAGCUGAUGGCCAA